AUGUCAUUGUUUCUUCUCAAGAAUUCGUUUGGGUCGAAGAUGAAGAAAGGUUUCGGCCAUUUCUGCAAUGGUGAGAGCUCCACCUCGAUUCUGAAGCAGCAAAAAGUGCAAGCCUGCGCUGACGUGUCACGGCAAAAACGCUACUCCUCCUCGAGAGAAAGCCACCGGCCGAGUUUAGAGGAAAUGAUAAUGCAGUUAGAGAUGGAAGAAGAGAAGAAUAGUAGUAAUGGUCGAGGAAUAGUUUUUCAACCACAUAGAAUGUCGUGCGUUGACAGUUGUGACAUUCUUAGAACGGCUAGAAACGCGCUGAACCAAUAUCCGCGGUUCUCCCUCGAUGGAAAAGACUCCAUGUAUCGAUCCUCCUUCGUAAUUAAUAAGUUGAGGAAGCACCAAAAAGUCGGGUUGCCUUGUGAGAUAGGUGGGGAGCGGGUGAUUUGGUGCAAGCCGGGAGUGGUGGCCAAAUUGAUGGGCCUUGAUGCAGUGCCUAUUCCUUUGAACAACAUUACUUAUAGAACCAUCAUAAAGAAGAGGAUCGACAAAGAGAGGACGAAAUUGCUUAUGGCGGCCGAUCACAAGAGGCGAGAGAUGGCAACUAGAUACUCCCUCGUGAAUCCUACAGACUUGCAAAUUCUGAAUGCCGAGGCAGGCUGGCCGAUGAGACGUUUUCAUUAG